AUGGCCAAUCCAUCCUUAUCAUCUAUUUCUUCAUCAAAAGAAAUUUUGCUCUUACAUUUGACAACUUUGAGGGAAAUGAAUUUGACCUUUUUGACAGGAGGUGGUGAGCAAGAGAAAGUCCGUGUAAGGUCCAAACCACGUAAUCUGACAGCUCGGAGAGAGAAGAACGUGGACAGAGGGAGAGAGAGAGAGAAGAUUUUGAGGGAAUUGUGGGUUUGGGUUCAAAAGGACAAACUUGAUCAUCGCCAUCAUCUUCCAAUGGACGGUGAUGGGGGUGGUGGUGCCUCUAGGGGCGUGGAACCUCUAGUUUCUGGGGUUCAUUGCUCGAUUUGCUUGGAUUUGGUAUCGGAUAAUGGAGGAAGAUCCAGGGCUAAGCUGCAAUGUGGGCAUGAGUUCCAUCUGGAUUGCAUUGGUUCAGCAUUUAAUACUAAGGGAGAGAUGCAAUGCCCAAAUUGCCGAAAGGUCGAGAAAGGCCAAUGGUUGUAUGCCAAUGGCUUUGCUCGUUCGAUUCCUGAGUUUAGCAUGGAUGACUGGAAUCCUGAUGAGGAUCCUUACGACCCAAGUUACUCUGAAAUGCCAUUUAGAGUUCACUGGUGUCCAAUUGGUGAAUUGGCCCAAAUCGCUACAUCGUUUGAGGAAGUGGAAUCUCCAUCGAACACAUAUCACGAUGUGCGGGAACACCAUGGCAUGCCUACUGAAAACACUGAUGCAUCUUCUCUGGCUCAUUCAUAUGUUGCAUAUUUUGGACCAAUUCCACAUGCAUCCUCAAGAUCUAGUGAUAGCGUUGAUGAUCCUCACUUCAAUUAUCCCUGGAAUGGUCUAUCUGGACACAAUGAGAUAUUUAAUCCCCAUACUUUUUCUGCCAGCGGCAUCCAAUACCAUAGUUGGGGCCAUCAUUCCCCUCCCUUCUCCCAAUAUGGUAGCCAUAUCAAUGGUGCUGAUCAAGCUUCUGUCCCACCAACAACACGGGGAUCUACUCACAAUGAUUCUGAUGGCAUUACAAGGUCCAGAAUGUUUCCAUCUCCGCUUGUCUUUGCUCAUGGGUCUGCUCCUAGAGCUGGGAGCUCAUUUGUCUCCUCACCUGUUCCUCGUUAUCCAGGAUCCAAUGCUCGCACCCAUGAAAUGAUCCAGGCUUCCCACCCCUUCCAUCUUCAGCAACGACAUACUAAUUCAACAGGCAUGCCCUCACCUAGCAUUACUGCCGUCAGGAGAAUCGACGUUCCAGGAGGUGUGCCCCUAGUAGUGGCAGCACCCAUACAACCUGAUCGCAAUGCCGGUUUUCGUAUCUUUCCUCCAACGCCUUCAGUCCGGGACCUCGAAGCAGAAAAUCCUUUGCCACAUCUAUAUAAUGGGUGGGAAAGAGAGUUCUGGUCUCGUUUUCCACAUCCAUAUCUUCCUGCCACUGGUGACUCUGAUUCUAUCAACAGGUCUAGCAGCUUAUGGCCUCGGCAUCGGUCCUAGAAGAUCUCCCCCCUACUGUGGUUGCAAAAGUUUAUUAGCCAAUUUAUCUAUUUGAAACUUUCAAACGAAUUGCAUCUAAAUUAUGCCGGGAAACAAACAGGGUGUUCAUUCAUAAGCACGUGUCCAUUUUUGUACAUUUUUCCAAACUUGUUUUUUGUAUGUAACCGCCAAAACUUGUAAAUCUCUUUUGGCAAUCUAGUGGUGCUUAUAGCAUCAGUUUCUUUCUACGAUUGCUUACACUCAAAACUUUAUAUGGAUGUAUGUAUUGGAACUAGCUUUGUUAAACAAGAGGUUGCCUUAA